GCGCGCCGUCGUUUUCCGCGCGUCUUUCUGAGGAGAAAGGCGCUGUGGCGGUGGCGCCUAUUAUGCUCCCGCGCGCCGCCGUUUUCCGCGCGUCUUUCUGAGGAGAAAGGAGGUGUGGCGGUGGCGGCUAUUAUGCUCCCUCACAAGAAACGGCCUGCCCAGCCUCGCAGCGCCCAGUGGGUGCUCGUUGCGCCAGAGUCUCUUACUGAUCUUCCUAAGAAACUUGAAGAUGGACCUGUCUUUACAAGACUUCACAACCCCGCUACAGGGGAAGCAGCACUCUACUUGUUCAAUCGCCCGGCACAGCAGCUGUUAGAAGUAAAAGCCUUCCACGAAGAAUACCAUUCUUGGUUUAUAGGCCAGACAGUUCAGCAUGAUGGCCGCCUUUUGUUUGCAACUCCAGUGGACCCUUUAUUUCUUAUUCUGCAUUACAUCAUAAAGGCAGAGAAAGAGCAAGGGAAGUUUCAGCCGUUAGAGCAGGUGGUGGUAGAUCCAGAGUUUCCCAGCUGUGUCAUGCUGCUGCUCAACACUGAAGUUCGCAACUCACUUCAUCAUGUGACCGAGGAGAAAGAGAUUAGUGGCAAGAAAUUUUACAAGUUCAGCAAAGAGAAAACAUUGAAGUGGCUGAAGAAAAAGGUUGACCAGACCGUGACAGCAUUAAAAAACAGCAGUGUGAGCGUGGGUGAUCGUGUUCUCUCUGCUACAUUCAUCACCCGGGAUCACGCUUCAAGCGUUAAAGAAGAGGACUACGUUCGUUAUGCCUAUGGUUUGAUAUCCGAAUAUAUUCCUAAAGAUUUAAGUGAAGAUUUAUCCAAACACUUACAGCUGCCAGAACUUUCCACUCCAACAUCAGAACCUCCAUUAAAGAAACAGAAGCUGUCAGAUGGGCCUGUACAGGCAGAGGAAGACUAUACUAAGUUUAACACUGUCGACUUGAAGACCAAAAAGACAAACAGCAAAAUGACUUCAGCUCAGAAGGCCCUGGCCAAGGUUGACAAGAGUGGCAUGAAAAGCAUUUCCAGUUUUUUUGGGGCAAAAAAUAAGGCAGCGAAAUGAAGAUUUCAGCUUUAUUUAAAUGAAAACUUAUUUUAAAUGUUUUGGAGACUGCCUCAUUUUUCCCUCAAAUUUGCCUCAGCAGAGUCAACUAACGGGAUUCGCUCCUGGAAGAUUUCCGGGUUCUUUCAAAUUGCAGAAUGAAAGAUGAGUUACUUUUUUGGGUAGUGUCAAAUUCCAGCAAAAGAACAGGCCCCACUGCAGACAAUAUUCAGAAAUCCUCAGGCAACUGUUGUAUUUCAUAGCCCUGUCUGAUUAGGGGUUUGUGGUUUGGGGUGGUCGGUUGACAUAAAGAGAAGCAAUAAAAUGAAUUGAAUUACCAUGUAGUAGUCCAUUUUCCCCUCAAUAAAUUGGCUCUUGUUACAAACA